GCCAUAUGAGAACAAUGUCGACACAGUCGGUGAUAAGAUAUUCGUUGGAUCAAAACAAAUAAUUUCAUAUGAACGUAGAGCGGUGUGUGUACAUAGAACUUCUACGUGAUGUAGCUGUUUACAUGUUUCGUUAACGUCUGCCCAUCAUCUGUUUGAGAAAUUAGUUCAUAAAACGUUUUCCUUUAUUCGUGUGAUAAAUUGCAAAGCGCCAUCUGAGAAAUGAUUCAUGAUAUCCUGUUUACGUUGUUCUCCUCAAAUGCGGAUUUGCCGAUUGAAAACUUUACCAUUCCGGAAGUCGCCUCCAGUUUCCUACAUCCAGGGGAAAUAAAAAUUCUCGAAGAUUUGAUACGGAUCGCCAACCAAUAUAAAGAGCUGAAAAAAUUCAUACAUCAAUACGGCACCCAAUCCGCAGGGCUCAUCAAACCGAAGCAACUGAAACCGACAGAGGAACCAUUACUGCAAGGACUAUAUCUACAAGCAUUUGCCGAUGGAUUGGACUUAGCGGUGAAACCGUACCGCGAUCUAAUUGUACAGCUGGAAGCGAACUAUCUGAAGAGACCAAACUUGUCACUGAUUUUCAUCUACCACCAAGUGAACCAGUAUCAAUCGUUAUUUGGGUUUCUGUUGCGACUAGUUAGUGGUGUUGUCACUCAGCGGAUUCAUGGAUGUGCGCUGCUGCAGUAUUUGCAGCAGCAUUGCUUGCGCGGAAACGAUAAACACUAUCAGGCUGUUCGGUUAAUUCAAAAUUCCGUAUACGCUAUUUUCAUAAAGCAACUGUUCGGUUGGUUGCUGCACGGUAAAUUUGUCGACCAGUUCGGGGAGUUUUUCAUUCAACACGUGGAAAAUCCUCGCAGCUCGGGAUCGCCGUUGGGCCGGGGUACAGUUGGCGCAGCCCAGAUAUCGGGGAACUCCUUUUCCGACAAUACAAGCAUCAACACGGAACUGUGGCGCUAUGAAAUUCGACGGGAAAUUCUACCCUACUACUUUCCGGCUAGUUGGGCUGAGAAGGUAUUAUUUAUUGGUCAAACCGUCCUCAUGUUGAUUUCUGACCCCAGAGAUGGCACCGAGAAACGGCUGGCGGGUGAGAGGAAUUACUCGAACGAAAUGCGAUUCACUUCGAUGAAAGAGAGUCUAUGGGGUGAACAGGAAUAUGAGUUCUUCAAAAAAUUUCACCGUCUGCAGCUGGAUGAGAACAUGAACGUGGCCAAGUUCGAACACAUUGUAGAUGAGAUAAAACUAUGCGUAUCCGAGCAAAUGUCAGAAAUUGCCAUCAAAGAGGCAGAUUUAUUGAAGCAGCUCAAACUGAUAAAGGACUAUUUCAUGUUGGGCCGAGGUGAAUUGUUCUCGGAAUUGUUGAAGCAAACGAAAUCCCUUAGAACACUGUUCGCAAAGGGAAUCACUGAUGGUUCAUCGAGAGACUUGAAUCGGGCGUUCCAGCUAGCUGCCAAUAGCGUUAAUAUAACGGAGGAUAUCGAGCAGUUCUCGUUUGUUCUUCCUCCCAAAGAUGAUGUUGAUAGUUUUUGUUAUGAAACCAAAGGAAUCCUGAGCUACAUUACUCUGAAGUAUAAGGUGAAAUGGCCACUCCAUCUGCUGUUCUCUCCUAAAACUUUGGAGAAAUACAACGAAAUGUUCAGAUUUUUGUUGCGCGUUCGCAAAAUACAGUACGACAUCCAUCAGGUUUGGUCUUUCCAGCGGGAAAAUAGAAUCCAGAAGAAGUCGGAAUUGCUCCAGUUUCGUAAUAAACUAAUGUUUCUCAUCGACAAUUUGCAGUACUACUUACAAGUGGAUGUUUUGGAGAGUCAGUUCAGUAUUUUGAUGGGAUCAAUUUGGGAGACCAAAGAUUUCGAGAAAAUUCAACGAGCACACACCGUAUUCCAAGCUAACGUUUUAAGCUUAUGCUUUUUGUUGUCGAACAAUAGUCCCGAUUUGUCAUCAACAGCAGUUCUCCAUAUAAACGAGAAUCCCGUCCUGACAAUAUUAGACACAGUGCUGGUAAUAGUGGACAAAUUUUGCUCGUUCUGUGGCAGUUGCAAAGAUCCAAUGACUACAGUAGAACGACAAGAAUUUGACGGAUACGAGCAGGCCUUCAACAAGCUUGUGGAUUCGUUGCUAAAACUAUUGAUUGGCCUAAAGGCAGGCCCCAGCAGUGCGCCACUCUCUCAGUUACUGCUACGGUUGGAUUUCAAUUACUGGUUCAGCAAUAAUACUCAGUCGAACGUAUCAUAAUUUCCUUCCAAUUUAUUUUUAUUGAUCAACUUCCAUUUUCUGCAAAUGCGCCUUCAUGAGUAUACACUUCGUCAUAACACAAUCGCACGGCAAACCGUGUGUUUCCUGUUCGGCAUCUAGGAGAGUUAACUGAAGAUUGUAUCUGAAAUAAUAAAAUUAUCAUUUUUUUCAA